AUGCAUCACGCGUUGCACAUACUGAUGCAUUGCAUCGCACUUUGGUGCGCGAUAAACAGCGGUAGAGCAGCAAGGAGCGCAGUCAACCCAGAUAUACUAGCGAAUUUCGCUAAGAAUGUAGCCUCUGUAUUGUCGCCGGCGAUAUUGGGCGAUAUACAAUUCCGCACCAACAGAUCGUCUUUUAAAUCCAGUCUGACGUCACCCACCAGCUUAAACAACGAUAAUUUUGACAGGCCUUCCAUUCUGGAUAACAUAAUUGACAAAACGUCAAACGCACCUGCGUAUUAUGGACCACAGUCUUAUUCCUACAACAAUCUCUACGAGGACUCUCCCGAAGGACUCCAAGAAAACUCCGAAACGAACGAAUCACUCGAAGGAUCUCUACGGGAUGGGCCCUAUCCGCGUCAAGAGCGACCGAAUUUUUACAGACCGUAUGAUCUCUCAGCGAACGACAAUCUCGAAGUGACUCAAAAACCUGUUGAUACCGGAAAUAUCGAACCAUCGCUCGGCAACAUCGAAGAAUCAUCCACCAAUCUAUACUCGUCUUAUCACGCUGCCGGUUUUGACAAAGCAGCUUUCGGCCACGGACCUUUCCUGGCUAAGUCCUACGCAGGCUUCCACGGAUUCGGGCCCGGGCCCUAUGGACACUUUCAUGGACAUCAUCAUCAUCAUCAUCCAUAUGGUGAACCAUCAUCGGAUGAGGCGAGCUCGGAGGAAAACAACGGAACUGAUCACCGAGGUUACGGUCAGCCCUACAGUUUCGGCAACCACGAUUAUCAUCCCUAUUCUCCGUUUCCUUACGGGGGAUACGGUAACCACGGUCCUUUUCACGGGCCCUAUGGUAGAAACGGAAAUAAUUCUUCCGAUAACGGGCGGAACAAACAUUAUGGGCCUUAUUACGACGGUCCCGACUUCUACGGGCCUCCUCAUUACGGCUACAAUGGCCACAACAAUGGUAAUAAUAAUAAUAAUAAUAAUAAGAAUAAUAAUAAGAAUAAUAAUAACAGACAAACCGAAGAACCAGCCGAGAAUGGCGAUCAAAAUAAUUCGACAAGAAAUGGCUACCCGCAUCCUUAUGGACCUCCUUUGUUCAAGCCGCUCCUGGGAGCUUUUCAUCUUCACGGCCUUCCGUCCCCCUUCAACCUGUUGCCCUACGACCACUUCCACGGAGUGUUCAAGGGCGGGCCUGUCGGGGUUGGCCACGUUGGCUAUCCCAUAUAUGCCGGUCCUUAUCCGAUUGGCUUUCCAUUCCAUCAUCCUUACAUCUUCCACGGUAAGAAGUAUCUGCCACCAAAGGGCAAACCCUCCGACUCUGGCGAAUCCGACGAGUCAACGGAAGCGCCAGCCGGAGAGCUUGCGGAAGAUGAAAAUCCCGAACGGAUCAUUGCAGCAUUCAAUCAUCAGGAAGAGAUAGCGCCGGCUUCCAGCUCAAAUCGAUACAAGACAUUAGAACAGAACGGGCUAAAACAGAUUAGCCUGUUUAAUUUUGAGAGCACGAAGGUGUAAAUCUCUGGAAAACGUUGAACUUAAUAAACGGAAGCAAAAUAAAAUUAUAUUGUAAUGGAAAAUAUAUAAAGAAAUUAUAAUAUAAAUUAUAUAAAUAAUAUAUAAAAAAUUAAGAACUAUUAUUCUUUUUUGUUAGGAUAACUUGGUCACA